AUGGGCUUAAUUUUAGGGAAAAUCAGCGUCGAAACCCCAAAUUACCAAGUCAUCGCCGACGCCGGCGAAUACGAGAUCCGAAAAUACCCGCCGGCGGUGGUCGCCGAGGUGACCUACGACCCCGCCCAAUUCAACUCCGACAAGGACGGCGGCUUCUCCAUCCUCGCUCGUUACAUCGGCGCCUUUGGCCAGCCGCAGAACGCGAAGCCGGAGAAGAUCGAGAUGACGGCACCGGUCAUAACCAGGUCGGCGCCGCCGGAGAAGAUCGCCAUGACCGCGCCGGUGGUAAUCUCGAGCGGCGGGGAGCUGGUGACGAUGGGGUUCAUCCUGCCGUCGAAGUACGCGAGGGCGGAGGACGCGCCGCGGCCGGUGGACGAGAGGGUGGCGGUGAGGGAGGAGGGGGAGAGGAAGUACGGCGUAGUUAGGUUUAGUGGGGUGGCGCGUGAGGAGGUUGUGGCGGAGAAGGUUAAGAAGCUGAGGGAGUGUUUGGAGAGGGAUGGAUAUACAGCGGCGGCGGAUUUCGUGCUGGCGAGGUAUAAUCCGCCGUGGACUUUGCCGCCGUUGAGGACGAAUGAGGUUAUGAUUCCGGUGGAGUGA